CGGAGCUGCUCGCUGCACUCUCACCGCCGCGGAGAGAAGCAGACGCAGUCAUUUAUUUGCCUGAGGAAAAGGCUUUACGCAGCAGGCACUAAGGACAAGAUUUCCACGACACGACAGCCGGGGAAAAAACGAAUGAUAGGGUCCCCUGAUGAUUGCACAGAGGGAUAAUAAGGAGCUGUUGCCCUGAUCGCUCUUUGUCAGGCACAGCUCAUCGGUAAUCAAGAUGUCAACCGCGACUGAAAAUGGGAUGGGAGGGCCUCAGACUGCAAGCAGAGAGAAAACAUAUAAGAAGACUACGUCAUCUGCCUUGAAAGGAGCCAUUCAGCUCGGUAUUGGCUACACAGUGGGCAACCUCACCUCCAAGCCUGACAGAGAUGUACUUAUGCAAGACUUCUAUGUUGUGGAAAGCGUCUUCCUGCCCAGUGAAGGGAGCAACCUGACCCCGGCUCAUCACUAUCCUGACUUCCGCUUCAAGACUUACGCCCCGCUGGCCUUCCGCUACUUCAGAGAUCUGUUUGGGAUCAAACCUGAUGACUACCUGUACUCCCUCGUAAAUGAGCCAUUGAUUGAGCUGGCCAACCCGGGCGCCAGUGGCUCUCUGUUCUACCUAACCAGCGAUGAUGAGUUCAUCAUUAAAACUGUCCAACACAAAGAGGCCAAGUUUCUGCAGAGACUGCUACCUGGAUACUACAUGAACUUGAACCAGAAUCCACGAACACUGCUGCCUAAGUUUUACGGCUUGUACUGCAUCCAGUCUGGUGGCAUAAACAUUCGACUGGUGGUGAUGAACAAUGUCCUGCCUCGCUCUGUAAAAAUGCACUACAAAUACGAUCUGAAAGGAUCCACGUACAAGAGGCGGGCGUCCAGGAAAGAAAGGGAAAAAUCCUGUCCGACCUACAAAGACUUGGACUUCCAGGACAUGCAUGAAGAGGGGGUUUACUUUGACGCAGAGACGUACAACAACCUAAUGAAGACCCUGCAGAGAGACUGUCGGGUGCUGGAGAGCUUUAAGAUCAUGGACUACAGUCUGCUCCUGGGAGUGCACGUCCUGGACACCAGCCAGAGGGACGGGGGCGAGUCGGGCCAGGCGGGGGGCGACGGCAGGAGACCUGUAGGUCAGAGGGUGCUUUACUCCACCGCCAUGGAGUCCAUCCAAGGAGACGGCAAGGCUGCCGAAGCCGUCACCACCGACGACACGAUGGGUGGCAUCCCUGCCAAAACACACAAAGAUGAAAAACUGCUCAUCUUCCUGGGUAUCAUCGACAUUCUGCAGUCAUACAGGUUUAUUAAAAAAUUGGAGCACUCGUGGAAAGCCCUGGUGUACGAUGGCGACUCCAUCUCCGUGCACCGGCCCGGGUUUUACGCCAGCCGCUUCCUCAAGUUCAUGAGCACGCGGGUCUUCAGGAAGACUCAGUCAAUUCGAUUCUCCCCUUCAAAGAGGACUCGCUCCUCCAUCCCUGCUCUGAAGUCGUCCUCACAGGAGAUCCUUUCAUCGCAGGCAGAUGAGAGGCACGAGGAGGCCAGGAGGGACCGGCUGGGCGGGGCACGCAGCCUGGCCAGUCUAGAUGGACAAGCUGUGUAUGGCCUGUACCUGCGUCCGGAUCUGGUCCCUGCCAACCCGUCCUUUUACGAGGGCUCCUCCAUGGGAACCGUCUCCACCUCCUCCAUUUUUGUAAAUGUGGACAACCAAACAGACGAGAGAGAUGAUGCUGCAUCCAGGUCUACGUUCACCCUGGAGGACAGCGCCAUCUGCCUCACCUCAGAGCAGAGCACCAUGGACGUGGACAUAGACCGAGAUGAUGGAUCAGUUCUUGAUGUCUAUCUGUGAGAAGUGAAGCUUUACAUCCUUCAUGUCCUCCCACCACGCAUGAGACAAUCACCGCACUCCUCUGGACGUGCCAGUCUGGUGUUUGACGUCACUUUCAGUGCUGCUAGAUACAUGUUUCCACCUGUGUCAAAUAAAACAAAACUUUGACCAAGUCGCCGGGGCAGGAAACACGUGACAUAUACCGCCCCGUGCUGAACUGAGUGUUGCUUUAUUAAGAGCAUGCAUCAAAGCAGUGCCAUUUAGGUUUUAUUUAUACAUGUAUACUGUUUUCAUGGUGUACAAGUUUGAAGCAUUUCCUAUUCAUAUAUCAACACAAAGAGUGUCGAGAUACGCAAUACAUUUCUGUAAAUGUUGUUUUCUGAAGCUCAGAAAGACACGAAAAAUGUACAACUGCUUCAGCUGCUGAUGAGAAAUGUUUACAGAGGUCAGCGGUGUCAUCAUCUCUGUCCCUGACGGGGAGAGACGCAACUUUGUCAAACAAAAAGGACACGCCAGCUUGUAGCAAGAGCCAGCGCGGGUGGAGUAAGAGACCAACACGAACAGACCUGACUUUGAAGCUACCAAGGCCAAACGGACUGUGAUGUGGCCAACGUUUUGUUUUAGACUCGGCGGCUAUUUCCGCUGCCUGAAAGGAUCCCGACGCUCCGGCUGUAAGGCCAAGCAAGAGGAGACUUUUACUGGAUCUUGGAUGAAGCACAGAGCAGACGGAGGAUGCGCUUGCUCUCGAUUAAAUAAGAGAAAAAAGGCACUUUUGACAUUGGUUAUGAUUACUGUAAAAUAUUUUUCGUGAAGACGUUGCUUAGAUGGGUGGACUACCUGACAGAAGUACAGAUUUGGCUGCGUGAACAUGCACUUUUUAUCUUCUCCCCUGUACAAAUGCACACCUAUUUGUCAUUGAUACAUGUAGAGACAAUGAAGGAAGACUGUAGAAGUUUUGAUGUGAAACUACUAGUUUUGUGUGGUUUGCGUCAUAACUGAAGACAUUUUUACUCAGGAUUUUCUUUCAUUCUGAUUGUGUCCUCUUCAAGACGUUAUGAGACAUGCAUCCUACAUUUAAUGCUGUCCGAUACCUCGAGAUCAAGAUCACAUCCAACUAUACAUGUUCAACUCUACCAUCACAUAUUUGUUGACAUAAUUUAUUAUGUAAAUCUCAAUAUUUCACCAUUUGCUGAAGAAAACCUUUAAUCACUGAAUGUAAAGACAAUGCAUAUUUAUACAUAUAGAACAGCCUCCUAUAAAUAAAGUCUUAAAGUUGAUUGUCGGUCCUCGUUUCCCAACUUUACAUAGACAAAUGAGUAAAACAGUACACUUUUGCAGCCGUGUUGUGUAAUAAUUUUAAUUUACAGAACAUUAUCAAAUCGCAUUACAUUUAGUGCAAAUAAUAACACUUCUGAUGUACAACUUAGAAAUAUACAAAAUGUGUAAUUACUGACAAAAACAAUUAAAAACGCAUAUCUGCAUUCUUCCGCUGACAGUACUCGUAAUCUAGCUUGUUAUCAGCACAACAGUGAUCCAGAACCUUCCAAACCUCUGACCUCUUAGACUGGACAUCUGAUGGUGAUUGUUUUUUUUUUGUUUUUUUCCCCCCACUCAUGCAAAUCU